ACGACACCUUAUUAAUAUAAAAGGACAAGUUCACUUUGUCUAACUCUCUUUCAUGAAACAUCUCUGGUGCUGCGAGGUGAUUAAGUUCAUUACUUUACUAAAGUCAAUUUUAUUAACCCGUGGUGACGUGUUAAGCCAGGGUCCUUAUAACGGGUACAAAUUAUGUACUCCAGUUAGGGUGCGGAGCGUGACCUUCUGAUCACCUUUGGAAUCCCAUAGCGCCUUUCUAUAUGGACGUUGCCAGAAACGGGGAGCUCUAGCAAGUCUGUCCAAGGAAGGCUGCUUGACUUCGGUAGAAAUAGGACACACCCGCAUUCCUAGCCUCGCUCCCAUACAGCAACCCCGGUUGCUGGGAAGUGAUCCCGGUGUAGCGUAUUGUUUCUUUUAUUUGUAUUAAAACUUUUUCGAGUGUUCAGUGUGUCUACCGACACACCUUCUUUAUUAACUUUGUAACUUAACCUCUCACCAGUAUUAUUUUACUAUUAUUGUAAAUUAACUAAUUUUAUACUUGUAAAUUUGUGUCCAAUAAACACAGUAUUGUUAAUUUUAAUAUGUUUCUUUUAUUGGUGUAAGUCUCCCAGAGCAGUAAGUGGUGGCGCCCUGAGAUCCUCCUCACCGAGUCUCCUGUUCACCGGUUGUCUAGUGGUGGUGACGUGUCAAGAAGUGGUGCGACUCGGCCCCGUGUCUCUCGACCCAUAGACCACCUUUUGGGGAGUGACGCGACAGGGCCUCAUAUAACAUCGGCAUACCCAGGGGCACCCUCAGACACAGACAUGUUAUAAAAUAAAUCACACCACUUCACUCCUCGCAUUCCGCGGGCGUAUUCUCGCGUGUAUGCUUCGGUGGUUGCGGGUGAACUAUGGGCACCCGAAAGGGCGCGCGCGCGGCUUGCUAAAAGGAAACCCUUCGGUCGCUACUCUUUGAGUCGCGCCGCGGCAGGCGUUUUGGUUGCUAUAGAAUAUUAACGAAAAUAAGACUUGACCUAAAGGUCUUAGUUACCAGGUUAUAAAAUCCCUUAAAAAAAUACUACUGUCAAUUUUUUGAGAACUUGAAAGUUAAAAUUUACAGCAAAUUGAUAAAUGAUGCCUACCUAGUGAAAACAAGUAAUAUUCACACAGAAAAAAUAAUAGUGUUUUCUUACAUCAGUAGUAACACAAAACGAAAAUAUGGAUGAUCUUGCUAAAACUAACCCGCCAACAGAAGGAACCAACAUUCGAAACGAUGGGCCUACACUAAAUUUAUUAGAUAAAGCAAUAUUAAAAGAUAAAUAUCGCGUGAUACCGAAUUUAAAAACUGCUCAAAGUGAAAUCACCAGAGAAAUGCGAGGAAUUAUCGAUGAAAAAGUAGAAAAAUAUCAAAUGGUUUACUUUUAUAAAUUACUCAAUUUAGGGUUAAGACGUAGACUCUGUCUAUUGCUCGAAGAACAUGGUAUAGAUGUUUUACCCAAAACAGAAUUGAAUCAUAACUUAUUCUCACACAUUAAGUUGUCCACAGUGUACAGGGAUAAAUAUAGUAUGACCACAGAUGUAGAAUUUGUGGAAUCAAUUGUCGACAUUGUCAAAGAUGCUAUGAUCUGUAAAAAAGAUGUAAGUAAAUAUAUAAAGGAUUUACCAGAAGAAACCAGUCAAUCAAAUAAGCAACAUAACAAUGUAACAAUAAUAGAGUCUAAAAUAGAUGAAGAUAAUGAAAAAAAUAGUAGUGGUUCUCAUAAUAACAAAAAUAAUCAAAACAAAUUACAAGCUCUUUUUGAAGAAUUUAAAAAACGAUGCAAAUUGGACAACAAACCCAAGGUCGUAUCUCAGAGUGGAAAACAGCAAAGCACGAAAUGUCAACAAAAUCUGGUUACAAAGGUGCAAAAUAAACAAUCAAAAAAACAAGCUCGAAAAAAAGCUGGUGCUCUCAAUCAGAAAGAGCCACAUGACCAAGAAAAAAGUAAUACAGUGCAAGAAAACAAAAAAAAUAGAAGUGAUCAACAGGAUCUCGAAAAGCAACAGAAUACUAAUUCUCAACCAAACAUUACAAAUUCAACAAAUCAAUUGAAUUCAGAAUUCCAGUCCAACCUUUUUCCCUCAAAUGGUCAACAAGAAGUGAAGUGGGAAUUAAAUUCUAAUGAGAAUGAAAUACGAUCGAUUUGUCAAACAAAAGCAUCACAUCCGUUUGUAAAUCUACAAGAAUCUUUUGUCCAACAGAACAUCAUUCCUCAGUUUGAAAAUCAUACAAGUUCAGUAUGGAAACCGAAUACCCACUUUGAAAAUAUACCAAGUUCUCAACCUGAAGUCAUUUCCAGUUUGAGAUCCCAACAAAAUUCAAGUUGUCAAAUUAAUUCCAUUCCUCUAAUAGCCAACCAACAUUUGGCAAGCGACCAACAAAGUCUUAUCUCACAAUUUUUAAAUCAACAAAACUCAUAUGCUUACCACGGAGUAGUUCAUGGACGAACAGUAAUGCCCCAGUUUGUUCAUCAACCAGUCGUGAAUUACGCACAAAACAUUGUACCCCAGCUCGUUAUCCCAGUUCAACAAAGCUUAGUUUGCGCGCCAAUUGCAGUACCCCAGGUGCCACAGGUCAACCAACACACAGUACCAGAGGUUAUUGGCCCCCAAAAGUCAAUUUACCAACCAAAACCAAUACCUACCGUCAUAAAUCAACAAAUUUCAGAUUGUCAACAAAAAAUAACUUCCCCAUAUGCCAAUGAAACAGAUCCAAUUUGCCAUCCAAAAGUCAUAACCGAAAUAAAGCCCAUCAUUCCUGCAAACGCAGACCUGUUGAUAUCUGACAAACCAAACCUCAUACCCCAGCAUCUAAAUCAACACAGUCCAUUUGAUAGAUCAAACACGACUGCUAAAGAAAAAAAGCAAGAAACAAUAUCUCAAGACACAUCUGGAAGAAAAGUGCUGAAUAGCCAACAAAAAGUAACUUCCUCAUAUGUCAAUGAAACAAAUCCAAUUUGCCGUCCAAAAGGAACGACCAAGAUAAAGCCCAUCAUCAUGCCAGCAAAUCCAGACUUGUUGAUAUCUGACAAACCAAACCUCAUACCCCAGUCUCUAAAUGAACACAGUCCAUUGGAUAGAUCAAACACACCUACUAAAGAUAAAAAGCAAGAACCAAAAUCUCAAGUUACAUCUGGAAGAAAAGUAUUGAGCAAGAGGAAAGGUGAUGAGGAAUUGAUGAUGGUUAAUAAAAAAUGUAAACUUUCAACUGAAUUAGAAAACCUUAUAAGAAAUAGACAAGAACCAUCGAAGCACCCUCUUAGCGUUGACAGUGGAGGAAAAUCAGUAAAUUAUUGUAGCCAACAAAAAAUAACUUCCCCAUGUGUCAGUGAAACAAAUCCAAUUCGCCAGCCCAAAGUCAUGACCGAGAUAAAGCCCAACAUGCCAGCAAAUCCAGACCUGUUGAUAUCUGACAAACCAAACCUCAUACCCCAGUCUCUAAAUCAACACAGUCCAUUGGAUAGAUCAAACACGACUACUAAAGAAAAAAAGCAAGAACCAAAAUCUCAAGAAACAUCUGGAAGAAAAGUAUUGAGCAAGAAGAAAGGCGAUGAUGGACUGAUGAUUGUUAAUAAAAAAUGUAAACUUUCAACUGAAUUAGAAAACCUUAUAAGAAAUAGACAAGAACCAUCAAAGCACCCUCUUAGCAUUGACAAUGAAGGAAAAUCAGUAAAUUAUUGUAGCCAACAAAAAAUAACUUCCCCAUGUGUCAGUGAAACAAAUCCAAUUGGCCAGCCCAAAGUCAUGACCGAGAUAAAGCCCAACAUGCCAGCAAAUCCAGACCUGUUGAUAUCUGACAAAUCAAAUCUCAUACCCCAGUCUCUAAAUCAACACAGUCCAUUGGAUAGAUCAAACACACCUACUAAAGAUAAAAAGCAAGAACCAAAAUCCCAAGACACAUCUGGAGGAAAAGUACUGAGCAAGAGGAAAGGCGAUGAGGAAUUGAUGAUUGUUAAUAAAAAAUGUAAACUUUCAACUGAAUUAGAAAACCUUAUAAGAAAUAGACAAGAAUCAUCGAAGCACCAUCUUAGCGUUAACAAUGGAGGGAAAUCAGUAAAUUAUUGUACAAGAGAUGAAGAGAAUUACAAGAAACAAUGCACAGAUGUCGACGUAGUUAAUAAGCCAAUAGAUAAUGAAUUCAGUUUACGUAAGCAAAACGAGGGUAGCCAAAUUAGUUCUACUCAGACCGAACCCGUGCUGGAAUCCAGUCAAGAAAAUUCUGGUCACCCCGGAAAGGAGUCACAAGGCCAUAUAGAAUAUGAUGACCAAGCAACUACAUGGGACUCAACGCAUGCACUGGAGACAGACGAUUGGGCUUGGAAAGAAGGUUACACAGAUUGGAGUUGAAUGUACAAGUUUUACAUGAACAAGAAAACAAAAAGCAGUGUCAAUCAUGAAUUUUUUUUAUUUUUUAAAUCAACUUAAAACACUGUUGUGAAAGUAAAGGCGUACUCAAUGCAUUGGACAUUGUUGGUUGUAAUCUCUCAACUGGAGAGCAAAUGAGCCAAGACAAGAUUGUUACUGUGAUGACGGAGAUUAUAUGUUGUAAAUAAUUCUAAGGAAUAUUUUAUGGCUGUAAGAAAGUAUUUUAAACUUGUCAAUAAAUAAGUUAUAAUUA